AUGAUCUCCGUGUCUGGCGUUUUGGCGCUCGGACUGUUUUGGUCUGCUCUGGGCACAGAGGGAGACAACUUAUCAGGUUUGAGGAGGCUACAGAGGGAGUUUGGCAGUGAUGAAGAGCGACAUAGUUUAGAGAAGUUGGAGCUCUCGAAACGCAGCGCUGGACUGAAUGAACAGACAUGUACAGCCCUGCAUGGAGUAGAGUCAACCCUGCAGAACAGCACCCACUCUUCAGACUCAGGUGUUGGAACCAUCUAUGUGUCAGAUGACAGAGGAGCUGUUUUCUCCAAGUCUCUGGAGCGCCAUCUUUACACGACCACAGGAAGCGAAACCGACUUCACCGCCAUCUCUUCACUCAGGGGCGUCUACAUGACCAGCGUUCUCUCAGAGGAUGGUGCAAUGGAGACAGUGAUCACCUUUGACCAGGGAGCAAAAUGGCAGACGCUACGCAGACCACAGAACAGCCACUGUGACAACGAGACCUCGACCAACAGGCCUAACAGAUGCAGACUCCUCAUCCACGCAGCCUACAGCAUCACCAUGAUGAUGAACGUCCCCAUGCUGCCUCUCUCACAAUCCAGUGCUGUGGGCAUCAUUCUUGCCCAUGGCAGUGUUGGGGAUGAAGUGUCCUCUAUCUCACCUGAUGUGUACGUGUCGGAUGACGGGGGCUACUCGUGGAUGUUGGCACUCAGAGGCCCCCACCAUUACACUAUAAUGGACUCUGGGGGGCUGCUGGUGGCUGUGGAACAAACCAACGCUCCUGUCAACCAGAUAAAGUUCUCCACAGAUGAGGGGCAGUGUUGGCAUACGUAUAACUUCACCAGCGACCCGCUCCACUUCAGCGGCAUGGACAGCGAGCCCGGCUCCCGCUCCAUGAACGUCAGCCUGUGGGGCUACAGGAACGACUUCAGCAAAUGGGUGGUGAUCACCAUAGACUUCAGGAAGAUCCUCACCAGAGACUGCACUGGGGGGGACUAUGUGCAGUGGCUGGCUCACUCUGCAGACCCCAGUGGAUCACAUGAUGGCUGUGUGCUGGGCUGUAAGGAAACCUUCCUACGCCUGAGGAAAGACUCUGUCUGCUGGAACGGGAGGGACUAUGCCGUCACUAAGAAGCUGUCCCCCUGUCCGUGUACAAUAGAGGAUUAUCACUGUGACUUUGGAUAUUACCGACCAAAGAACAGCUCAGAGUGUGUGGAGCAGGAGGAGCUGAAGGGUCACCCUCUGCAGUUUUGUUUAAAUGGGACCACCGAACAGCUUCAGACCAGCGGCUACCGGAAGGUUCCAGGAGACCAGUGUGAGGGAGGUUUUCAGCCCGACAGGAAGGAAACAGACCUGAGGAGGAUGUGCACAAGCAACGUCCUUUCUCCAAACUCUCUGACUAAAGACAGUUCACUGAACACUGCUGUCAUAGUGAUGGUUGUCAUAGCGAUGCUUCUGUCGAGUGCUGUUGCAGGCGUUUGGCUGGUUAAGAAAUAUGUCUGCGGAGGACGGUUCCCCGUGCAUCGAUACUCUGUCAUGAGAGAGAAUGUUGAGGCUGAUAAAAUAGAAGGAGUCGAUGAUAUUGACACACACUACAUGGAGACAGGAAAAGCACAGUACAAUGAAGACUCAGAUCAGGACCUGUUAGAAUAAGGCGGACAUUUCUCCCUCAAAGGCUCUUAAAGACUACAUUUAACACAGUCUUCGUGAUGCCUGGGCACCCAUGAUGCUCCCACAUGCCGAUUAACAUCUUCGUUUUCACUUCUCGCUAUCCCCUGGUGGCUGGAGGACUCUGCAGAAUCUCACAUGGCUUCCUUUUACCAGUCGAGGCUCCCAUAAAAAAGAUUGAACCGUUUUUUUUGGGGAGGGGGACAAACCCAGCGCAGAACAGAAGGAAAGCUUCUGGGGUCCCUGGAGAGCUUUUGUAGUUUCUGUCACAAAGAGUUCUGCAAAGACCACUGAGUCUGAAUACAUGCUCUGUAUGUUCCCUUGCAUGCUGACCUGAGAAAAGAUGGCCUUUCAGAUCGUGAUGCAAUGCAGAAGCAUAAUACAGAGGCUAGAUAUAAAGGCUUACAGAACAUUUCACACAAUAAGAGUUAGGGAACACAGAAAGUAGUUAUCAUACUUUAGCUCAGAGAUUUUCUGCUGACACUUACGUCGUUUUUGUACUCAAUAAUUGCAACAUACAGUCCUGUUGCAAAUGGCGACCAUUUUAAUAUUGCUUUUGUCAGCUUCACUAGUCACUAAGAUAAGGCUACGCUACUCAAUAUGAGUUCCUGCUAAUCACAAGUUCCUAAGAAAGGAGCACUUUUCAAUGUAUUGUUGUAACAGCUACUAAGAGCUGUAGUGCCUCCUUUAAUGUUACUGGUCAUCGUCUCUGACUAGUGACAUCUUGUGUUUUUUUGAAGGAAAUACACUUCCAUUUUAUUCAGGUGAUGCACUAUAGAUAAACAUAUUUCAUACCACUUUUAUUGUUUUAUAAUUGUAAUUAUUAAAACAUUUUUAAAUUGAUAGAAAAAUCAGAUUUUAAUGUAAAAUUAACCCAGAACAAACAAGUUCCAUUUUUUUUAUUUUUUUUUUAAAUAAAAGACAAAUAAGUGCCUAUUUUAGACUCAAUUAUAACUUUUAUCAGCUGACAGAUAAAUGAUGCCCAAUAAAACAAUACUUUAUUAGAUUGCUAAGAAAUUAAUGCUAAAGUGCCUUGUGAAACUUUCGGAAUAAAUGUUAAAAUGGCCUGCCAUUGUUGUGAAGACAACUCAUUUGUUUUAUACAGUGCAGCUUCAUACAAGCAAUUGUAUGUGUUGUGAAAAGACUUGAAUAUUUACCAAAGCACUUUUAUUGAGUAGUUUGUAGAGGAGUGAAUUGUAGAGGUGAGGUUGUAGAGGUGAAACCUAACCUUAGCCCAGCAUUAUAUAAAGUAUUAAGGUAAUGCUGACUCAAACUCUUUACUUGAACUUUCAGAUUUUUUAAAUUUUUCUUUUGCUUAACAGGGUGCACCAAUAUGUUGUUGUGUUUUAAAUAUUUAGUUUUUGUCUUAUUUGGCUGAUAUUUUUCUAUAUUAGCCAAUUCCAAUGUCCAUGUGUCUCUAUCUUAAUGCAGGUGAAGAAUCAUCAAGAUAAUCAAGUGUCUUCUAGAGACCAUGUUGGCUUGUUUUCUUUUAUUAUUUUGACAGCAGAAAAACAAUAUUUACAGCAAAAACAUUUCCAGAAAUGAACUGAUACUGCUUUUUUAAAGCUUUUAUUUACCAGUCUUAUGAUAUAUUGGUGCAUCCCAACUUAAUAAUAUAAUAGAUUCUGCUAAAUAUCCACAAUAACAGAACUUAAUUUAUCAGAUUAAUGUCUGGUUGCCAUAACGAGCAUAUACUUUAUGAAGUGUAUUGAGUUGUAUCAUUUUCCAACAUGACAUUUCACUGUGUUACAUACAUUGUUCAAAUGAUAUGUUGGAUUGCAAUCAUUUCCGUUUUCUGCAAAACAACUUUUGCCGUGUGCAGGGCUUUUGGCUAAUGCUUGUUUUCUCUAGCAGAGUCAAUAUUAUCCCAGUGAAUAAGCUAUUGUAAUAAGCUGGCAUUUUCUCAAGGACUGUUGGGUGGACUUUGUUAGAUAUGAAAGCAAAUUCAUAUGCUUGAUGCUUCUUUAUUUACACAACUGUCAGUAAGAACAAACCCAGCUAUUUACUGGAUUCAAUGAUUUAUUUUUGCACUGUAUCUACAGAUCUGUGAAAGGGUUGCAUUUGUGGCUACUUGUACAUCUAACUUUUGUUUGGUAUUUGGGCAAUGAGUUGUGAUCUUCAUUCCAUCUUGUUUUCUUGACUGUUUUCUAGAAUAUCAGAGAAAAAUAUCUCUGAAUAAAACUAUUCUGUAGCACAAA